AUGUGCUCCAGGUCAAGGCCACCGACGCGGAUGACCCGACCUAUGGAAACAGUGCCAGAGUCGUUUAUAGCAUUCUUCAGGGACAACCUUAUUUCUCUAUUGAUCCCAAGACAGGUGUUAUUAGAACAGCUUUGCCAAACAUGGACAGGGAAGUCAAAGAACAAUACCAAGUCCUCAUCCAAGCCAAGGAUAUGGGUGGACAACUGGGAGGGUUAGCCGGAACGACGAUAGUCAACAUCACCCUCACUGAUGUCAAUGACAAUCCACCUCGAUUCCCCAAAAGUAUUUUCCAUCUGAAAGUUCCCGAGUCUUCUCCUAUCGGCUCAGCCAUUGGAAGAAUAAGAGCUGUGGAUCCUGAUUUUGGACAAAAUGCAGAAAUUGAGUACAAUAUUGUUCCAGGAGAUGGGGGAAAUUUGUUUGACAUCGUCACAGAUGAGGAUACACAAGAAGGAGUCAUCAAAUUGAAAAAGCCAUUAGAUUUUGAAACAAAGAAGGCAUAUACUUUUAAAGUAGAAGCCUCCAACCUUCACAUUGACCACAGAUUUCACUCCGCGGGCCCUUUUAAAGACACAGCCACAGUGAAGAUCAGUGUGCUGGAUAUUGAGGAGCCACCGGUGUUUAGCAAGCCGCUCUAUACCAUGGAGGUUUAUGAAGACACUCCAGUUGGGACCAUCAUCGGUGCUGUCACUGCACAAGACCUAGAUGUGGGCAGUAGUGCUGUUCGGUACUUCAUAGAUUGGAAGAGUGAUGGGGACAGCUACUUUACAAUAGAUGGAACUGAAGGAACCAUCGCCACUAAUGAAUUACUAGACAGAGAAAGCACCGCGCAGUAUAAUUUCUCCAUAAUUGCGAGUAAAGUUAGUAACCCGUUAUUAAGCAGCAAAGUCAACAUAUUGAUUAAUGUCUUAGAUGUCAAUGAAUUUCCUCCAGAAAUAUCUGUGCCAUAUGAGACAGCUGUGUGUGAAAAUGCCAAACCGGGACAGAUAAUUCAGAUAGUCAGCGCUGCAGACCGAGAUCUUUCACCUGCUGGGCAGCAAUUUUCCUUUAGAUUAUCACCUGAAGCUGCCGUCAAACCAAAUUUUACAGUCCGUGACUUCAGAAACAACACAGCUGGAAUUGAAACCCGAAGAAAUGGAUACAGCCGCAGGCAGCAAGAGUUGUAUUUCCUCCCUGUUGUAAUAGAAGACAGCAGUUACCCUGUGCAGAGCAGCACAAACACCAUGACUAUUCGAGUUUGUAGAUGUGACUCUGAUGGUACCAUCCUGUCUUGCAAUGUGGAAGCAAUUUUUCUACCUGUAGGACUCAGCACUGGGGCUUUGAUUGCAAUCCUACUAUGCAUUGUUAUACUCUUAGCCAUCGUUGUACUGUAUGUAGCUCUGCGAAGGCAGAAGAAGAAAGACACUCUAAUGACCUCGAAAGAAGACAUCAGAGACAACGUUAUCCAUUAUGAUGACGAAGGAGGUGGGGAGGAGGACACCCAGGCUUUCGAUAUUGGUGCUCUGAGAAAUCCGAAAGUGAUUGAAGAAAACAAAAUGCGCAGGGAUAUAAAACCAGACUCUCUCUGUUUACCUCGUCAGAGACCACCGGUAGAAGACAACACAGACGUAAGGGAUUUCAUUAAUCAAAGGCUGCAGGAAAAUGACGCGGACCCGACUGCUCCUCCGUACGAUUCGUUGGCUACAUAUGCAUAUGAAGGAAAUGGAUCAGUAGCAGACUCCCUUAGCUCUAUAGACUCUCUCACCACGGAAGCUGACCAGGACUACGACUAUCUGGCAGACUGGGGACCCCGCUUUAAAGUUUUGGCAGACAUGUUCGGUGAAGAAGAGAGUUGUAACCCUGAUAAAGCCACUUAGGGCAGAGGCGAAGGAUAAAACACAACCAAAUAGAGAAAUUUAAGAAAAGGAAACACAGAUA